AUGGCUCUGUUUCACAUGCUUCUCUCGCUACUGUUCUCUGUCCUUGUUUCUGCUCUAUUCUUCCCUAGGAUCGUGCGUUUCCUGGCUGCGCAGGUGGGCCACUAUCUGCGCCGGUCGUCGCGCACCAGACGAGAGCUGCUGUCGGCCAGAGUGGCAGCUGAGACCAACAAGUGCGACGCCAAGCAUGCUGAGGUCGAGGACUUCGACUGGGAGGAAAUUGCAUCGGUCGCUACUGAUGGCCGAGCGGGCAGCAGCAAGGCAGACAAGCACUGGGAGGGCUUCGUGGGCUUCUUCCACCCAUUUUGUAACGCCGGCGGCGGCGGUGAACGAGUUCUCUGGGCAGCCGUCCGCGCGACACAAAAGCGCUGGCCCAAGGCCGUCUGUGUAGUCUACACCGGCGACCACGAUGUCGACAAGGCCGCAAUCCUCAAGCGCGUCGAGGACCGCUUCAACAUCCACCUCCACCCACCCACGGUCCACUUCCUUUACCUCACCACGCGCCACUGGGUGCUCGCCAGCACAUGGCCGCGCUUCACCCUGCUUGGUCAGUCCUUGGGCUCGCUGGUCAUGGCCUAUGACGCCUUUGCUCUGCUUGUUCCAGACAUCUUCGUCGACACCAUGGGCUAUGCUUUUGCCCUUGCGCUCUCCUCGCUCUUUUUUCCAGACGUGCCCACGGGCGCCUACGUCCACUAUCCCACCAUCUCCACCGACAUGCUGGACUCUUUGCACGCGGGUGGCCAGGGCGUCAACGCUGGUGCUGGGAAGGGAUACCGAGGCGCGGCUAAGCAGAAGUACUGGCAGCUGUUCGCACAGCUUUACAGCAAGAUUGGCGGCACCAUCGAUGUGGUCAUGACCAACUCUACCUGGACCCAGGCCCAUGUCAGCUCGCUUUGGGGCCCUUCUCGCAACAAGCGCAACCAUACGGCCGGGAACGACAUCGACGUAGUCUUCCCCCCGGUCGCAGUUGAGGAGGUGACAGAAGCAGUCGAAGUCUCUCAAGCCAGCGAGAAGAAGCGCGGCCCGUACAUCCUCUACAUUGCACAGUUCCGACCGGAGAAGAACCACCAGCUCAUCCUCGAGGCUUUUUCCAGUUUCCUGCGUUCGGACCCCAAACUUCCAGCAUACCCCAACGAGAAACCACAGCUUAUCCUUAUUGGCUCCGUCCGCGAUUCCCUCGACGAAAAGAGCGUGUACAAGUUGCGGCUGUUGGCUCACGAGCUCCAUAUGAAGGAGAACGUCGAGUUUCUCUGCGAUGCGCCAUGGCCGCAGAUGCUGGAAUGGAUGGGCAGAGCCAGUGUUGGUGUCAACGGCAUGUGGAACGAGCACUUUGGCAUUGGCGUCGUCGAGUACCAGGCCGCAGGUUUGAUCUCGGUUGUGAACGACUCUGGGGGCCCGAAGCUGGACAUUGUCGUUGAAGUGGAUGGCAAGCCUACCGGUUUCCAUGCGACUACCGCAGACGAGUAUGCCGAGGGCUUCCGCAAGGCGUUGACGUUAUCACCGAAGGAAACAUUGGCCAUGAGACAGCGGGCGCGCAAGUCUGCAGAGCGGUUCACAGACCGUGGCUUUGCGGACAAGUGGCUGAGGAACAUGGACAAGCUCGUCAAGCUGCAGGUUGAGCGCACAAAGCACUGA